AUGGGUCAAGUGAUGGAUAUCUUCGAUAUCCGGUGCACCCAUCACACUCUGAAAAUAACCGAUUCCAUGCCAGGCUGGGCUCUGGCAAACAAGAUUCACAAAAUGAUCCUUGACUAUUUAAGGGGAGAUUCAACCUCAAAGAGCUUCGGGGCAUUGGUGAAUACCCUUGUGACCAUCCAGAUGGUCAUCACUUGA